AUCGACCAUCCGAAUUCGACUAUCCAGUAUCGAGUUUUUUCAACGGACCGUGAAGCCCCCAAGUUGCAGCUCAACCUCCCUGAAGAUGAGCACACAAUCUCUGACGACACGCGUUAUCAUGAUUGGCCUUGGCGGGGCCACAUCAUCAGGGAAAACUACCCUCGCUAAGCACCUUCAGAAUUGCCUCCCGAACAGCCACAUUCUGCACCAGGAUGAUUUUGUGCCCCCUGCUGAAAAACUUCCGAAGGACCCAGAAUUCGGUUUCGAGAACUGGGACGAUCCAGAAGGGGCCGUAGAAUGGGAUCGCAUGGCCAACUACCUCAUCGAGUUGAAGAAGACAGGUGUCCUCGGUGAACACCAUUCCGUCGAUAGUUUCAACCAAAACGCUGCUGUUCCCGUCGGUGACGAAGUCAUCUCGAAAUGGAAGGAGCUCAGUAAGAAGGUCUUUGCAGAACGCCAAUCCCGGGGCGAAAAUCUCGUCUGGAUCAUAGUUGAUGGUUUCUUGUUGUACUGGGACGAGCGCAUCGUUUCAACUCUCGACGUGAAGGCGUUCAUUCGUAUUCCUGAAGAUGUUGCCAAGGCUAGGCGAGAGGCCCGCUCCUACUACACGCCUGAGGGGGAUACGUGGAGCGAUCCUCCACAGUACUGGGAAAAGAUUGUUUGGCCCGCGUACCUCAAAGCUCACAAACACAUAUUCGAGCGCGAUGAUGUCUUGUCUGGUGCUCCCAAAGGAAACGACCUGAUGGUCUUCGAAAGUACAAAGGUAGAGAUGAAGGACAUGGUUAACGCCGUGAUGGAGAAGAUCGUAGAAGUUUCAUCCUAAUACCAGACGUUCCCGAGUUGUGCAAAUAAACUGUAGUGGUUCUAUUCGCUUGGUGAGGGUCUGCAUGUCGUCCUUCAAGCAAGAGGAAACACGAAGGCCGGGCGC